ACACAUGUGCGUCCAUGGCAACAACGUCAACAUAACCUCUUUCGUUAGCCUGUACCUUUCGCGGAAUGAAACUUAUCGUUGCCAGUUUCGUAAGAUCAUUGAAAAUUCCGGAUUAUUAUCAAAUAUUUUAGUCGAUGGCUCAAUUCUGCCGAGAGGAAUUAUUCGAUAACAACUUGCGUUGAGUACAUACAAUCUAUAUUGAGCAAAAUAUACAGUAUACAGCCAUAUCGUGUCUUGCAUCAUACCUACUUGUAUUUGAUUUUGCCAGCAUUCAAAAAGUGAAGUCUCGAUGGUACUUCAGUUUCCGAUUUGCUAAUUUCUACCAUCUGAUUACAAUUAGACAGUGCUUUCUACAUUGUUUUUUUUUUCGAUUUCUGGCAUAUAACACGAACCGUUAUCCUCAAAAUUCAAUGAAGUCAAAUAUUAUUAUGAGACAUAAGUCUUCAACAGAAAAGUUUGCAUAUAUCGUUACAGACACUCUUCAGUUCGCUUGCUACCCAAGAACUGAUACAACCACUCCCUGGGCAGGAAGCAUGCCACGGACAAGAAGCAGGAAUACCCGCCUGUAGAUAAGAAGGAAAAAGCCACAACAUUGAGUCGAGCACAAAUCCACGAUAAUAUACACAAAGGAAUUCUAAAAUACUUCUGAUAUUUUCCACAAUGUACGGACCAAGAGAAAAAGUUUUUUGGUUCGCCGUUACCUCACGUCUAGUUGUUAUUUCACUACAAUUUAUAUUUAAUCGGAUAUUUCCUGACCAUGAUGCCCAUGUUUUUAAUAGUCCAUUGGACCCUGAAAUGAAAACAUCAAUUUAUGAUAGCACGGUUGAAUAUCUAUUCGGCGGUUUUCUCAGGUGGGACGCCCAAUAUUUUAUACACAUCGCUAAAUAUGGGUACACGUAUGAAAAGACAUUGGCAUUUUAUCCCUUGUAUCCCUUGUGUAUCAGAUGCUUAUCUGUCGUUUUGAGGGUCGUCUUUUUCUCGUUGAAUGAUCAUAGUAUAGCAAUAUUGGCAGCUUUGUUAAUAAAUUUCGUCUGUUUUGUUAAAUCUGCCACAGUUUUUUACGACUUGAGCAAAAUUGUUCUCAAAGACACUGCUUUGGCGUACAAAGCGGCUAUUUUAUACUGUAUUAAUCCAGCCAGCAUAUUCUUUUCCGCGUUUUACUCUGAGGCUAUGUUUGCUUGGCUAUCGUUUAACAUCAUGCUGGCGUAUGUUAACAAUAACCCAUACAUUUAUCUCCCUAUUGGUCUCUCUAUCCUUGUUCGGUCCAACGGACUGAUAAACCUGGGAUACCCAGUCUACUCGUUCGUCAGGUGUUUGAUACGAACUGUACUUCCCAAAGUAAGUAGGAAUUAUCAAAACUUCCAAGCUGAGCCAAUUUUCCCUUUUGGAUGUCGUACGAUGUUAGGUUCUUUUCUUUGGCUCUCGAACGUUGUGUUUCUAUCUAUCGUUCCGUACAUCUUACAUCAGUUGUACAAUUACAGUUUAUACUGUACAUAUCAUGAAGUCACGAUACCAGAUUACGUGCUUAAUCAUUCAGAUGAAGAUGUCCUGCUAAUACCUGGAACCGUUAUUCCCCCCUGGUGCAAGGAUUCUAUUCCUGUUGCAUAUUCUUACAUUCAAGCGGAGUAUUGGAACGUUGGAUUUAUGCGAUACUGGAUUUUCAAAAAUCUUCCUAAUAUACUUCUUGGAUUCCCAUCCCUCUAUCUUAUACUUUGUCAAAGUUUCAAAUACUUGAGUGAGCACAGAAUUCAACUAUAUACGUUAGGAAGCUUUUCAACUGAUGUUCGAAAUUGUGAAAAAUCAAAGAAUAAAAAACUCUCCCCGGAUAUUUUUGUAUUCGUAGUUCACGGAAUAUGUUUAGUAUUGAUUUGUCUAGGAUUUGUACAUCUGGAAGUGAGCACUCGUUUAUUGUGUUCUGCAAGCCCCUUGUUAUAUUGGUGUUGUGCUUCUAAAUUGUCGUAUAAAUCAGAGCGGAGAAAUGAGAACGCUAUGAAUGCAAUGGAUUUUGAAUAUCCAGAAAAUUUAAAUUCAAAGUGGAGAGUUUUCUUCUUAUCUCAAACGACGCAUUCAAAGAAUGACAUCAUAAUCUUAUCCUAUUAUCUGGCUUACACCGGAAUAGGAUGUGGUAUGUUUUCCAACAACCUUCCUUGGACAUAAGAGAGUUAUUUAUGUAACAGGAAUUACAGGGAAAUUCAAUAUAAAUCGUGACCUUAUCUUAAUAUAGGCAAUUGUUUGUUGUAAGUUUGACAUGAUUUUUUGUAGAUCUAGUGUGCGGGUAAAUUUUUUUCAGGCUUUUAUUGCAAAUAUGAAAUAGAUACAUGCUAUAUUACAAGUGUUGUUUUUUAUGUCUUAAUAUUUCUAUAGGCGUGAGAUAAAUGGUUUUUUUGCACUCUGGACAAUCGUAGGGUUUGCUGUUUGGUUUUUGCUCAGUGGGUGGUUCAAUAGAAGCCUGAUGGUCAUCCUCGUUUAUUACGAAGCAAUUACUCUGAUGCUGCAACUUCUCAAUGCUAGUCAUUGGAGUUGUGAUACCACAGUUUGCGCAGUUCCAUUCAGUUUCUAUCAUAUCUACCGCUAAUUUAUCACUCCAGUCUGACUCAACGAGGCUAAAAGAAUCAUACCUGAUGUUUGCAAAAAUUUCCAUAUCAUACGUAAUUUACUGUUUGCUCUCGGAACUCCAAUGUGAAUACUUACCAGUUGAAGGUGAUAUUGUUUGUCAACCGGACGCCACCUUUUCCACAAUUCGUUUCGCACUCAAAGUCACUUUGAAAGGGAUUGGGUUUUACUUCAACGUAAUUUUCACCACAGCCAACGUAAAUUAUCUUCAAAUCGGCAGGCAACAAGCGUUUGAUAGUGUAGGGUACUGUGGUAUGCAUGAACUGUAUCAGCUCCUGAUUAAGUUCGUACUCAACUUGGCUAGUAUCCUUUUUGGAAGUGAUUGACGGCGAGGCUUCUGAAAUGAAUGGCAAGCGAAAAUUUGAGAGCCUUUCAUUUCAUUGGUUUUGUCGAUUUAAUGAGUAUUAUGUGGCUGUAUAUUUAGUUGUUUAGUUAACAAAUUUUUGUUGGAAUCACUGUAAGAUUUCAUUGGCUUUAGAAUAAAUAAUUAUUUCCGAAAAUCUCGCCAAUAUCUCCAGGAUAUUUAGCAAAUAAAGAUUGUUACAUUUUCAAAAAAAGUUCGGAAAUAUUUUCGUUUAACGAAUUUCGUUCGAAAAUUUUUUAUAAUCUAUGGAUAUUUCCAAAAAUUGUUAGAAUUUGCUUUCAACUUCAUGGUUGAGAAGAAAAUACUUUUAACCAAGUAGUUACCAAUAAGUUGUAAUAAAUAAGUAUAAUUUCAAUCACUAGGUAUCAAAUAAUGAAUACAUAAGUAUAUUUAUAUAAGUAUAGUAUUGAGUAUAUUUUAAAAAUAAAGUUGUUAAGUUGA